AUGCGUCAGAUGCCUAGAUCAAGUUACACUUCGGUUUCGGUGAAGGUAUCUACCGCCAAGUCAUCUACUGGGCGUCAGACACGGUCUUCGACGCGAAAGCAUAAUCUGGAUCAAUUGACCGAAUCCGACGGAGUAGAAGAUGUGUUUCGAGGGGCCGUCUCGGACUCAAAUCCUCGACAGACUAGUCCUGCAGAUACGGAAGAAGACUACCCGGCUAUGAAAGGACAAAAGAGAGCCCGCCUGUCUGUUGCACCGAAGAGCAAAGCCGCUUGGAAGGAGCUGGAAGGUCGACUCAAAAAAUCGGAGAAGCAGAGGAAGGAAUUACAAAGCAAACUCAUAGUAAUCACAAAAGCGUCUGUGCUAAAUUCCCGCAAUGGUACAAAGGGCGUCUGGGAUAAGGCGAAGAUUGAGGCGGAAUUCAAGACUGUGAAGAGGGACGUCGAGAACUGGGUUAAGAAGUACGGUACCACCAAAACGAUUUCGACUUUCUCAAAGGGUUCUAAGAAAGAUAUCUUGUCGGCAUGCACUGAAGAAGAAUAUCAGAACGUCUUCUCAAAAGACGAUUUUGGUGAAAUUCAGCAACUUCCUAGAGGUGCGCAACUUCUCCUAGAGGGGUUUUUGUACACUCAAUGCACCGAUGUUUUGAUCAAUCGACCAUUUCUGUUCGUCGACGCGGUUCUAGAGGAGCAUUACCAUCCGAAUAAAGCAAUUUCGGCGUUCGGACAUUAUGAAUCCGUAUUUGAGGAUUUUACAAAAAGUCUGGGAGAGUGCGAGGCUUUUCCGGAUCAAGCUCAACGGUGGAUAGCGAGCGUGCUUCAGCCUUUGAAAAGACUGAUAAUCCCGGAUCCACCAGAUGAUGUUGCCUCUCAUAUGAGAAAUGAAAAGUUAUUCAAUGAUGCCUAUCGUAUCUACGAACUUGGGAUCUCACAACUUGCAAGCAAAUUUCUGCAUUACAGCAAGCCCGUCAAACAUCUACUCAAGGAUAUCGAGAAAAAAGAAGAUAAACCGAGAAAUGAUGGUCUCAAGAAAAUUUACCGCAAGUUCAGAGAGCUUGCCUACCAUAUGUGGUGCCAGCCGUCCAAAGUCACUUAUCGCCAUGAUUUGCAACCAUUUAACCCAGACUAUAUGGAGCUUCAUACGGUAGCCACUCGUGGACGUCAAGGUGUGAAUUUGGAGGACUUCAGAGACAGCAAAGUACUUAUACGCCUGUGUCCUUUGAUACGGGGAUGCACUAUCAUUCCUACCAACGGCAUACAAACAAUUACUUAUCUGAGACAAAGUGUAUGGACCGUUGAUUGCCAGACAUUCAGUCAGUGGAAGGCCUCCCAGAGUGAAUCUUCCAACGAGCCGAGUGACGCCGCGGCUCAAGAUCAGGAAAUCAAGCACACCAAUGACGACAUGGCGAGCCCUCCCGAUAGCAAUUUUGAAACAGUUCCUGAUGGCGCGACUCAAGUUCAGGAAACCAAGCACGCCGAUGAUAGCAUGGUGAGCCUUCUCGAUGGAGAUUGCGAUAAAGUUCCUGAGCUCCCAGAAGUUGCAGCUGAACAAACAGAUCUCACGGGAUCUUCGGAUACAAAUGAUGCAACGAAGGACAACAACUUGGAUGCUAUGGAACAAGAUUGA